GGAGUAUAAAUACCGGAGACGCACGGCCGUCGGCCAUCAGUUCUGCAAACGAUUUCAGUUUGGACGCGCGACGCGUUGGUGCUCCUUUUGCUCGUCGUCCUUCGUCCUUGCCACGAAAAUCUCGCCACAAAUUCAGCUUGUUUGCUGGCUUGUUUGUUUGUUUUUUUUUUUUGGUUGAUUGUGCACGUGCAGCCAGGCAAUGUUCACCAACUGGCUGACUGGCAGCAGCAGCAGCACGCCGGCAAUUCGCUCGACUGCAGCCGGAAUCGGUGGAGCCGGCAGUGGGACACCAAGUGGAGUCAGUGCCUCCGCUUUGGUGAUGAGCUCGCCGCCGGACGUUAUCCUGGAGGUGGGUCCGGCACCCAGCAACGUGCGAUUCGUGGCCCACUCCCUGGUGCUGGGCAUGCACAGCGGCUACCUGAGAUCCGCCAUCCGUUUGGACGAGGCCUCUGCCUCCGCAGCUGCCGCCGCAUCUGCCGCCGCAUCCGCAUCCGCAGCGGGCGCAGCAGCCGCCAGCUGCAGCACAGCAGCAACUGCGACAACGGCAUCCGGCGAACUUUUGCUGUAUCUCAGCAAUGUGACGGCCGACCAGUUCGCACCGCUACUAACCUACAUGUACACCGGGUAUCUGGACCUGACCGUGGACAAUAUCUUUGCCGUUUUGCUGGCCACCCAUGUGCUGCAUAUGCCAAGGGCGCUGGAAAUUUGCCGCUCAUUUUUGGCGCGCGCCCAAACGGAGGGCUACUUGAACGGCAAUCCCGCCCAGCUCUGUCCAGUGCCCAGCAUUCCCGCCAAGAUCAUCCGCCCGAUACCCAGCAAGGCCACAAUGCCGAACUAUGGCUUCCUGCCCAUGCCACAAGCGCCGCCAAGUGCUGCACCUGCUCAUCCCGCAACCGCCGUGGCAGCUCUUAGUUCCUUUGGCGGCAACUCGCACGUGGAGCAGGAGCCCACUGCCGUGCAGGACAACGAGGAGGACGAGGAUGUGGAGGUGUUCAUCGAUAGCAAUACGGCGACGGAUAACGAAGCCGAUCUCGAACCGGACGUGGACAUGGACUGCAAUGUUUCGGUGGUAAGUUCUCUGGCCGGCAGCAGUGCCGGCAGCCUGAACAUCGAGCGCUUGGAUGCGAAGCCUCCCACACCCAAACCACCACAAGUGGCUGCUGCUGCUGCCACCGUCAUAACCACUGCGCCCAAAAGCCAAUCCCAAAGCAUCCAAACCAAAAGCCAAGGCACGAGAAAGGAGUCCAACGCAAAGGGAAGCAGGGCGAAGUCCUACGCCUCCAGAUCACGAAAGUCCAGUGGCCUGCAGGUGGCCAAGGCGCCGGUGCCGGCUGCCCAGUUGGAUCUGGCAGCCGCUGCCACGCCGCUAACACCCUCGAAAUUCAUCAUCGAUGUGGCCAGCUGCGAUGGACCGGUGCGCUUUCGAAGGAUCCUCAACACAGCCUAUGGCCACAAGCCCGAGGCCCUGGAAUCGGGCUCGUUGGGUGGCGGUGGCGGUGGCGGUGGCGCUGCUCCAGCUGGCGGCAGUGCCUCCUCAUCAUCCAUGGCAGUGGAGCAACACCGCAGCCAGCAGAGCGUGAGCUACUCCUUCCACCAGCAAAUGGCCAGAGCCAUCAGCAACCAGCAGCGGCAGCUGAGUCACCAGCAGCAGGAGGAGAGCGAGAAUAGUGGCGAUGCCAUGCCAGCAGCCGUGGGCAAGCAGCGCGCAACAGGAGCCACUGCAGCCGCCGCAUCAGCGCCAGCUGCAUCCUCGUUGGGUGGCAACAGAAAGUCGCAGCCAGCCGCAUCCUCCACCGGCCACCAGGAGCUCUACGUCUGCGUCUACUGCAAGCACACCUUCAAGUCACAGUACUGCUAUCAGAAGCAUGCCAAGCGACACCUGAACCCACUGAGCCUGACCACCACGGACAAGAAGCUGCUGGCGGAGCCCGCAGCCGCAAUGGCCAGCUGCUCCGAGUUGCACAGCCCAUCGGGCGGUCAGAGUGGUGCAGCCAGUGCAGGCGCAACAGCUGCGGCUGCGGCAGCAGCAGCAACCGCAGCAACGGCAGCAGCUGCAACAUCAGCUCUGUUGCGACGAGAGGUGCGACCGCUGGACAUGAAUGUGCAAUAUUAUCCCUGCAAGACCUGCGGCAGCAAGUUCCCCAGCUACUACUUCGUGCACAAGCAUCGCAAGCUGUGCCAUGCGGAUGAGAUCGAGGCGACUGCCACCAGCAACACGAGCAACAAUAGCAGCAGCAACACGAGCAGCAGCAGCAGCAGCAGCAACACGAAACGCGAGGAUCAGCAGACGCAGCAGCCACAUCAACAAUCGUAAGAUAGUAGUAACCUAAGGCACUG